AUGAAUAGUGUGCUAACUAAACCAGUCUCAGAUGAAGAGAUUCGAUUAGCAGCGUUUGGUAUCAAGGGUUCAAGUGCUCCAGGUGAAGAUGGUCUGACUGGUUUGUUUUAUCAGAAGUUCUGGCACAUUGUGGGGUCUAAGUUAUCUGCAGAGGUUCACAAGUUUUUCCUGACAGCAGUGUUACCAUCUGGCUGGAAUCACACUCAGAUCAGUCUUCUGCCAAAGAUCCCUCACCCAUCGUCGAUGAAAGAUAUGCGUCCUAUUAGUCUCUGCUCUGUUCAAUACAAGAUUAUUUCCAAAAUCUUAUCUGAGAGAUUGAAGUCAGUGCUAGAGGAGAUCAUAUCUGAUACGCAGGGAGCCUUUGUGAGUGGCAGGUUGAUUACUGAUAAUGUUAUCAUUGCUCAUGAGCUUAUACAUGGUCUGCGUAUGAAUGAUUCUAUCGCCAAGGAGUAUAUGGUUGUGAAAACAGAUAUGUCUAAAGCCUACGAUCGAGUGGAAUGGUGUUUCUUGGAGGUUUUAUUGGAAAAGAUGGGGUUCGAUAGACAAUGGAUAAACUGGGUGAUGGCGUGUGUGUCUACAGUAUCGUAUUCUGUCCUCCUUAAUGGCAGUCCGCAUGGUUUUAUUCGACCUGAGUGUGGGCUGCAUCAAGGGGAUCCAUUAUCCCCAUUUUUAUUCAUCAUGUGUGCUGAAGCUCUGGUGGGGACUCUUCAUCAAUCAGAGUCAAGUGGUAAACUCAAUGGUAUCCGUUUGGGUACUGGGGGACCAUCUGUUCAUCAUCUGCUUUUUGCAGAUGACUCGCUCCUUCUGUGUAAAGCGAAUGAGGAGGAGAGUGCAGAGCUUAUGAGAUGCUUAAAAAUAUAUGGUGAGGCUUCGGGUCAAUGUAUUAACUACCAAAAGUCUUCUAUCAUCUUUGGUGCAAAAAUCACAGAAGAAAAGAAGGUGGCGGUUAAAGGCGUUCUAGGCAUUGAACAAAAAGGUGGAGAGGGGCCGUAUUUAGGCUUGCCUGAGUGCUUUAAAGGAUCAAAACGUGAGUUAUUGAACUUCAUAUCAGAGAAGCUUCAGUCAAGACUCCAUGGGUGGUAUGCUCAAGCUCUGUCUCAAGGGGGCAAAGAAAUAUUGUUAAAGUCUGUUUGUUUCGCGUUACCUAUCUACGCUAUGUCGGUGUUCCGGUUACCGAAAGACCUGUGUAGGAAGCUCACAAGUAUGAUGUCAGAGUUCUGGUGGAGUAGUGGAGUGCGUAAAAAGAAGAUCGCUUGGGUAUCAUGGCAAAAGCUUUGUCGGAAAAAAGAGGAGGGUGGUUUAGGUUUUCAUGACAUUGAGCAAUUCAACCAAGCGCUGCUUUGUAAACAAGCAUGGAGGAUUUGGUCUCGCCCUGUAUCUCUUGUGGCUCGGGUUCUCAAAAGUAGAUAUUACAGGCGGAGCUCUUUUCUUGAAUGUGGCAUGGGUGCUCGCCCAUCCUUUGCUUGGCAUAGUCUCAUGUUUGGAAGAGAGUUGUUAAAGGAAGGCUUGGUCCGUGAUGUAGGUGAUGGCAAAGAUACUAACGUCUGGUGUGAGAAGUGGAUCAUUGAUGGUGUGCCUAAAAUUCCAAUGUACAGGCAAGAUAGUGUCAUUGAUCUUACUCUGACGAUAGCUGAUCUCUUGGUAGAAGGGACGGGUCGAUGGAAGGUCAAUUUGGUGAGGCAGACGUUCACAGAUGAGGACGCCGAGUUAAUCCUCAAACUGAAACCUCACAGAAGUAGGAAGGACUCUUUUAAAUGGGGUUACACUGCCAAUGGUUGCUAUUCUUCUCAGUCGGGUGGGAAACUUUUGGAACUGUUGAAAGAACGUCAACAACCUCUUCACGUUGGUCUCCCACCUAUUGAAAAGAAUCUGUGGAAAGCUAUCUGGAAAAUCAGAGCACCACCGAAGUUAAAACAUUUUUUGUGGAGAGUAUUGGCAGGAGCUGUGACAGUGAAAGAACGCUUGAAUUCAAGAGGCUUGCAUUUGGAUUCCAGAUGCAGACUAUGUCAAGGUAGCUCUGAGUCUAUUUGUCAUCUUUUGUUCUCAUGUCCUUUUGCCAAGGAGGUAUGGGAUCGUUCAGGUGUGCAAUUACCAUUAAAUGGUUUCUCAAGGUCUUCUGUUUUCCUCAAUGUUUAUCAUCUCAUCUUCGCCAAUGGGAGACGUUCACACUAUACACAGAAUAGAGUUUUCCCCUGGGUACUGUGGCAGAUUUGGAAAACUAGAAACGCCCUGAUCUUUGAAAAGGUGCAAGCAAGUUCUUGUACUGCAGCACCUAAGGCACUGGAAGAGGCUGACGAGUGGUUUGACGUCAACUUCAAGGUUCCUCAAGCUCAGCCAGUGCAGGUGGAGAAUAUUAACAGUUCUGUUUCGUGGUCUCCUCCUCCUGCAGGCUUGUUAAAAUGCAAUGUUGGUGUGAGCUGGAAUAGUGCUGAACGUAUAUGUGGAGCUGCUUGGAUAAUUAGGAAUCACGAUGGAAAAGCUCUUUUACACAGUAGAAGAGCCUUUACUGGUGUUAAUUCCAAGCUUGAAGCAGAGUUGCAGGGGUUUUGCUGGGUGAUGGAAAGUCUUAUAUCGACGCACCAUACGAAUAGCAUUGUAGAAUCAGAUUGCGGGAUGGCCAGGGAGGCCAUUUUGAACCCAAUCAGAUUCCCUUGGUUUGGUUACCUACUAGAAAAGAUUAUUCAUGCACUGCCGUUCUUGUAUCUGUGUUCUCUAGAACAUGUUGAAGGUGCAAGGAAUAAGGUUGCAGAGGAAAUUGCAGUAAGCGUGACUAGAGACCAUCGGUGCCAGUCAUAUGUAGCUUCUGGUGGUCCUCGUUGGUUAUUGAAUAGAUUGGAGUCGGAAGCACGAAGAGCUUGUACUUGA